UAGAGGCAGCAGGCAAACCAAACUGCGCAGGCGUUAGAUAAGGCCGAGGGUCCUUUCUAUGGUUACCACAGAAAUACCUUUUUUCGCAAGGGGCGUUUUACGUCACUGCUGUUUCGCGCGCGGGGUUCUGGGAAAGGAGAGCGGCGCUCGGCUCGUGGAGUGACGGCUGGGGGGCGCGAGAAGGCGGGACCAAACCCGCGCAGUAUCUGCAAAUGCUUGUUAGUAGUCUGACAUUUACCAAAACCUUUGGAAUACCAGAUGACUUCACCAAAUAAAGCAAUAGAAUUACAGCUGCAAAUAAGACAAAAUGCAGAAGAGUUGCAAGAUUUUGUGAAAGACUUAGAAAGCUGGGAAAGGGAUAUUAAAGAAAAGGAUUGCAAUUUACGGCAACAGAGCGGAGUUCCAGUCAAGGAUUUACCACCAAUUCGAAAUGAAGCUUAUAAGAAAAAGAAGAAAAACAAAGUUAAAGCCAUCUCUAAGAAAACUACUGAAGAAAAUAAAAAGAACAAGAUAAAAUCUUACGAUUAUGAGGCAUGGGGGAAGCUUGAUGUGGAUAAGAUACUUGAAGAACUUGAUAAGGAAGAUAGCACCCAUGAUUCAGUGUCUCUAGAGUCAGAUUCUGAAGAAGAUGGAAUACACAUAGACACAGAAAAAGCUCUUGCUGAGAAAGAAAAGGGUAAUAAUUAUUUUAAACAAGGAAAUUACGAUGCUGCAAUUGAAUGUUACACAAAAGGAAUGAAUGCAGAUCCUUACAAUCCUGUUUUGCCCACAAACAGAUCAUCUGCUUUUUUUCGACUGAAAAAGUAUUCUGUGGCUGAAUCUGAUUGUAACUUAGCACUUGCCCUAAACAAAAACUAUACAAAGGCUUAUGCCAGAAGAGGAGCAGCUCGCUUUGCUUUGCAAAAUUUUGAUGGUGCUAAAGAAGAUUAUGAAAAGGUUUUGGAGUUGGAUUCAGACAACUUUGAAGCAAAAACUGAACUUAGGAAAAUCGAACAGGCUCUCCUGUCGAAAGAACGCUUCCAAACUGAAGAACCAGAUGUCUUUACCAACACUGAAAUAACAGAACAGAAACAAACUGAGGAGGAGCAGCUAAAGCAAAAGGCUAUGGCAGAAAAAGAUUUGGGAAAUGGCUAUUUCAAAGAAGGGAAAUAUGAAAUAGCAAUAGAAUGCUACACACGUGGAAUAGCAGCAGAUGGCACCAAUGCGCUUCUUCCAGCCAACAGAGCUAUGGCCUACCUGAAAAUUCAAAAAUAUGAAGAGGCAGAGGAAGAUUGUACUCAAGCUGUAUUACUAGAUUCCUCCUACUCAAAAGCUUAUGCCAGAAGAGGGACUGCGAGAGCUGCACUGGGAAAGCUAAAAGAAGCUAUGCAAGAUUUUGAAACUGUUUUGAAGCUGGAACCUGGAAAUAAGCAAGCAGUAAAUGAAAUAAUGAAACUUAAGAAUGAAUCAAUUGCAAAAGGGCUGUGGAUAGACACGGAAAGCCCUGGACUAUCACAAAAGGAAACAGAAGCACAAAAUCUAGUGAAACCCAUUGAUAAACCCUUGCACCAUAGAUCAAAAAAACCCUUGAGAAGAGUAAUCAUUGAAGAAGUGGAUGAUGAGAUUCUGACCACAAAUUUGGUGGCUACCCCCAAUCUGCUACCUAAUCAGUCGGUUUCUGCAAGUGUAGAAGCAACACAUACCUCAGCAUCUGCACAGAAUCCAAGCAAAGAUGAUUUUUCUUCUUCCGCUGAUACUCCCAAAGCAAAGCUUUUGAAAAUAGAAGAAAUCGGAGAUUCUGUAACCAUAGAACCUGUCAGCAAAAGCACCGUGAAAGAGAAACCAUCAUCUACCUCUCAGUCUUGUGCUAGGAAAAAACAAACUGAGACAGAAAAACAAACACUUCUCCCCGUGUUUACAUUCCCUGUGCCUCCAGUUCCUGUGAAUUCUUUUCAGCUGGAAUCAGAUUUCAGAAAAUUAAAAGGUUACCCAGAUCAAUUAUACGCAUACUUGAAGCAAAUUGAUCCUUCAUUUUAUCCUAACCUGUUCCAAAAAUCCUUGGAUCCAGAUGUAUUUAGCCAAAUUUUGAAAAUUCUACAGGAUUUUUAUACUGGGAAAGAAGAACCUUCACUCAUCUUAGAAAUUCUGCAGAAGCUGUCCGAAUCAAAAAGAUUUGAUAUGGCAGUAAUGUUUAUGUCUGAUUCAGAGAGAAAAGCUGCACAUUCGUUAUUUGGUCAUUUGGAGCAGUCGGGAUUGAAAGAUUCUUCCAUUAAACUGCUCAAGACAAGAUACGGUAUUUAAGGCAAAUACCUUUUUGUGUCUGCAUAGAGGUACAGCUGAUUCUGCACCAUUUUGGAAAGACACUUGCCUUCAGAUGAUCAGUGUGACUCCAUCUAGGAGGAUUCAAAGUACCUUCCACUUGCGCAUGAGGAUUGUUUGGUCCCCCCACGCCACAUCACAUGUUUCUUUGGAGAGUCCCCACACUUUCAAUAGUAGUUUCCUGGGUAAGGAAGAGAGAGGAAAGGGUUGUUUUACAUUUACUGCUCCAUGCACUGCGCUUUGGAGCCAAGCCUGUGAAAGAAAAGCAUUUAUAUGGAAAAGAUAAAGGUGUGUGAUCUUCCAGUCUAGCAGGGUACCUCAUAAGAUUUAGCACGACGGAAUCUAUUUUAAACUGGGGGUUUUUCCGCUUUGAUCAUAUUGUAGAAUUAAGGCUGACAAUGAGUUGUUAAAAUAUUUUAUAAAUUUUGCGUUGUAUGUAUUAAUUUGCUGUUUUAAAAUAAUUCUGUAUUUCUGUUCUUAUCAAUAAACAGAUGUUUAAUACCGGGAUUCUGAAACUGUUGUGUAUGAUUACUAAUUUCAGUGUUGAUACCUCUUGUCAGAUUUUUCAGGUACAGAUGAGUGAAAAUCUGAUUAUUAUUUUUCAACCAAUUGCCACCUUGCCUCACUUUCUCUCCAUUUCAUUUCAACUAAUUGCCACCUUGCCUCACUUUCUCCCUAUUUCACUUAUUAACAAAUAACAUUUUUCUCUGAAGGAUUCACCAAUCAUCGUUUUGGCUUUGUCGGUCUCUUCUUUCUGAGACUAUAUGUAUAUUGCAUGGGUUAAUCACCCUUUUACCACUUCAAACUCCCACCCUUACUUAUUAAGAGUUUAAAACUGGUUAUUUUGCAUUUCACUGGUGUUAAUUACUGCAGUAAAAUGAAGGAUGGAUAUUUCUGUAUAUUCUUCAAUAAGGUUAGGCAUAUUCAUGAUGCUAGAUAGUUGUCAAUUAAACCUUUUAGUGACAAAAGCAUUAUAUAAACACACUAUGUUUUUUUCUUGACACAUUUGUUUUAUGAUUUCCGCUCAUUUAAAAAAUAAUUACCAAGGUCUUGCUAUAUUGAUUUCUAACCUAUCCACUUGAUUCAGGUUCAAAUCUAAAAAUAAAGCACAUAAUAUAUUGUAGCCUGAAUGAAUUGUAACAAAGUUCAAAGCCUUUUAAAAACACAUUUGCCAUCUAAAGUCUGCCAAAAGGAGCAGGUUCUGGAAGAAAGCCCUGCUACUCAGGCUGAGAGUCAAUUUACUUCAGCAUCCUCAUCACUUCCCCCACAUCUCCAGGUGUGCAAUAAGGUGCAUCUAGGAGACCAACAUUUGGGGCAUUAAAACAAUAGACCUUUCCUGAUGUUUAAUUGCACAAUGGGCAGUUUCUGUGCCCGUUAAUGGCUUGCAUUACCCCUAACAUAACAUAUGCAUUAUUCUUCAGACAACAACUAGAUGGAAAUUGGUCCCUAUGAAAAUAAAUGUUUAGCUUCCUGGUUAUUCAAAAUUCUAAACCGACAGCAGUUAACCAAGUAAAUAGUGUCAGCCCAUUAAAAAUAAAUAAAACAUUCAUCACAGAGAAUACAGGUUUUAUAGGUAGAACAAAUGAAUUUGUUGCCAUUUUGUAGACAUUGCACGCUGUACCUUAUCUUUUAGAACACAAAUUUUCAGACUAUUCAGCAUGUAUAUCAAAUGCUACAAUGAGCAUCAGUUAAACUAAUGCUGAAAAAUGAGCACUUAAGACCAAAUUAUUGGGAAUUUUUCCAUAAAACUAUCUCUUCAAUUGAGCAAGAGAGGCUUGAUAUUCAAAAUCACAGCUGUUCGUUUCAUUUAAAUGUGGGCUGACUUUAAAUUUGAGUUCAUAUUUGAAAAUGCCAGCCCUAUAAUUUAGUAAAUGCUUAAGUAGACAACCUAUCCCUGGAAUAGAGAAGAGGACAUUACUCAUCCCUUGGUUCAUAUGGACACUUGUUGUAUUUGAACUGUUCCAAGAGAUGUCAUGAGAGACCCAAAUUCCAAUUUGCUUAGACUGUAUUUUUGUCUUUGCUGACAAACAAUAAUGAGUGUUUGGUUUGACUGUCUUCCAAAACCAUUGUGAGUUAUCCAGGUCCAAUAAAAUCAGCAAGAAUGUUUGUUAUUAAUCUCAAUUGCCUUGGCAUAUUACAAUCUUGAGGUCUGGUUUUUAAAGACAAUUUAUGCUUGUUAUCUUCUGCAGAACCCCAUCAUUGAAUUGAUCCUGAAUGUAAACAAAAACAAAAACAAACACUAAUUCUGUUAUUUCUUGAUGAAACCAAAGACGCAUACUACCUCUGACCACGGAAGCAGAGUGGAGCCAUCAUGACUAGUUUGGGAACUACUGGUUAAAAGUCCUGAGUCUAAAAAUACCAUAGUUCAUAGAUUUAUUAAGGGCCAAUUCUCUUCAAUGUGUGCUUGCGAAAUGAAAUCAACUGAAUCUUUACACCAUGUUAUGUUUAUCUGCCCUAUGUACAGUUCAACUCGUGCUAGUAUAUUAAACUCCAUAAUCCAGCCUAUGGCUGACAAUCCAGUUGACCUCCAGCUAGCCUGGGUUCUUCAAGAUGUGGACCCUUAUAUUACCCUACAGGUUGCUAAAUUCCUAACAGCCGUCCUCUCGUACAAGAGACGGAAUGGAAUGUUAGCUGACUAUUGAUAGUUAUAAGAUUUUUUUUUAAAUGACAUCAGAUAUUGAUUUUAGUUAGGCGCCUAAAUUUUUAAUCUUAAUCUUAAACCUUCAAGAUAUGUUUUUUGAAUUGUUAAUAUUUGUCCUUGUGAGCUGUGAAUUGUGUUAUAUUAUCUGUGGUUUGUACGAGUCUGCGGUUUUAUUUGAUUUGUUUUGUUGUGUUGUGUUUUAUGAUGGGUGUACAGCCGAGUAAACAUCUUUGCUUUGCAUAGUUCACUACCGACACUUCUCUCCAACCUCCGGUUUAUUC